GUGUAAUUCAUAGUUGUUUUUGAAAAUAUAGUGAAAAUAGUGAAAUAUAUAGUCAAAAUCCAUUAUUCUGAUAAUGAAGUUUAUUUCUACACAUUGAAUUUUUAGAUUACCUUUUUUUAAUUCAAAGUGGGAAUAUAUGCUGUUGACUACUUACUCUUAUCACUCGAUUCCUGGUCUAUAUUCUAAACUGUGUAACUAUCAUAAAUCUUUUAACAUCUCUCAUGUUCUGUUGAAUCACCCCAAGCGUUGUCUGCAAACAAAAGCUUUUCAACCACAAUUUGAUUUGCAAUUAUUCAGUGACAGAAUAUUUGUCGACAACUUACGUGACAAUUUAAUAGCUCGUAAGCACAAUUUAAAUGUAGAUUAUUUACUUGAUGUUUACCGAAAUUAUACAAAAGAAAAACGUUCAGAACUGUAUGAUGAGUUGAUGUCACUGAUAUCUCAGUUACCAAAUCUAACUCAUCCACUUACUCCUAUUGGUGAUGCACUGAAAGCGCGAAAAAUAUAUAUUCACGGAUCUAAACGUGAAGAAAACUGGAAAUUGUUAAAUGUUGUCGAAAUAGCUACUAAAGCGAAUCGCUCUUCAGUUAUUCAAAGUAAUAUAAAUCCUGCUAUAUCUAUCAACCCUGGAGGACAUCUUCGUGUUCGGCAUACAACUAUAGGCGCUGGACAGAGGACAUAUUAUUUCAGUGGACCAUUAGCUUUACUAGAAUCAGCACUUAUUGCAUAUACGCUUGAUCGGUUAAAGGGAACAGGAUUUGGAUUUAUUUCUGUGCCUGAUAUUCUGCCUGAACCUGUUAUUAGAGCCUGUGGUUUCCCAACAAAAGGAAUCCGUUCUCAAAUAUAUAAGAUAACUCCGCCAUUAUCUAAUUUACGAUACUGCCUGUCUGGAACAUCUGAAAUGGCACUGGCUGGAUUUUGUGCUGGUCGAUCUUUCAAUUGUUCAUCGUCUAAAAAUGAUGCGUCAGAUCAGUUUUCUGCACUUGGUUUCUGUUCUGUGAGUCGAUGUUUUCGAAAAGAAGUACCUCAACAAGAGCCAACACUUUAUCGAGUGCAUCAGUUUACUAAAGUGGAAAUGUUUUCAGUCACAGCACCCGUACUGUCAAUCAGUGAUGCAAUGUUUGAUCGAAUUAUUAAACUGCAAAUAUGCUUGUUUGCUGAUUUAGGUUUACAUUUUAAGGUUCUUGAAAUGCCAUCUGAAGAACUUGGUGAUUCGGCCUACAGAAAGGUUGACAUUGAAGCCUGGAUGCCAGGAGAUCAAAUGUAUGGAGAGGUUUCCAGUGCAUCAAACUGUUUGGAUUAUCAGUCGAAACGUUUGAAUAUUCGAUGGCAGACGUCUGAAAGCCAAAGGGAAUUUGCUUAUACUUUGAAUGGAACUGCCUGCGCAAUCCCACGUAUAAUGAAAGCUCUAAUAGAGACCCACCAGACUGAGAGUGGACAGGUUGUCAUCCCAGAAGUUUUGAAACCUUACAUGAGGAUGGAAAGUGCUUAUCCCAUAUUCCAGUUUAAAUGUCUUCCCAAUGAAAAGUCAAAUUGA